GUGAACGCCCUCUUUUGUCGUCUGCCAUAAGAACGGUUGGGUAUGUGGACAAUUACAAACAUUUCUUUACUCAUGUCGGUGAGACUCGGGAGAGCCGGGCAAUGUGACGUCAAGAUGGACACAGAUGUAGACAAGAUGGACAGAACUCAUCAGCCGGUAUCUCGAGCCUCUCGUCACGUGACCCAGCGAUGAGCUUCCUGCACGUGCCCAUGACUGACAUGUUGCUAUCUGGGGAAUCAGGUCAGACGUCCAGCCUGGCACCGGGGCACCUGGGCCAGCAGCUCCACGUGUCGGGGGUGUUCAUUAUCCUGCUAGAGCUGGCGCUGGUCGUGGAGAACCUCAUGCCCAUACUGGUCGUCCUGCUCUGGCUCAAGUCCCGGGGGGUCGGGGACCGGUUGAUUGCAGCCUUCAGUCUCACGUGUAUCCUUUCUGCUCUGGUCCCCACCCCCCUGGGGCUGGCGUCCUACUUCUCCGGGGGCUGGUACGGCGGCACGCCCACCUGCACGACCUACCAGGUGACGUCCACCUGGUGCAACAUCUCCUCCCUCGCUCUACUCUCCUACAUCUGCAUCAACUGCCACUUCGCCGUCUCCCGCCUCAAGAGAUACAAACCAGACUUGACCCACCGCGUCAUCAUACCCACCCCCUCACCAACACCAUCCUGUUUACACGCGCAACAUCCGUCCACGCCACCCAUAUCCCCUCACGUAGCACAACAUCGCCGACAUCCAUCUGAGACGCAGUUAACCCCAGAAAACUCCCCAAAGGCGACACAGAAGUACAAAGCUACCAAACCAAACGCGAUCACGUCAUUAGUAGCAGACGUCCCAAGUGAGCAGACGAUACAAUUUGAUAGAGACACCGUGGGCAGCAGCGUGGAGCGGGAACGAUUCGUCAACGACCACAACCAUCCGUCACCCAAACUCUCAAAGGUAUUUUCAAAUCUGGCACAGCAUGGUACAAAUGAGGAUAAAACCCUCGUCUGCUCUAGUCUGCGCGCGCACAAAUCCACAAGAGACAACUCAGGUGUGAAAACCCAGACACACAACAAGCACCCCCCGGGGACACACAACAAGCACCCCCCGGGGGGAGAGGAAGCCAAAAACACACCAGUACUCAAAGACGGCUCCAACAUUUUCCCAAACUCCGACCAGUUUUUGCUCAAUCAAUACCAAACGAGUUGCGAGGAUGACCCCGUGUCCAGACGCGUCUGCUGCCCUGGGUCAGACGAACCAGGCCCCACCCCAGCGGCCAGCGGUGGCUACGUCCAAUUAGUCCACGGCCAGGACGAGCCGGACAAUAAAUCUGGCCAGAAAAAUUGUUUGUGUGGGCUCCAUUGUCAGGCCCGGGACUACGUCUCUCUGACCCUGUUUUUCCUCUACACCAUCACCCUCGCCAUCUCCUCCCUGCCCGUGGUCGGGUUUGGCCCCCGCCCAAACAUCAGCGAGACGUCUUGUCGAUCCUGGCUCGUGCCCAUCCCCGCCGCCACAAAGGAAAAGACAUUUUUUGUCGUCUUUUUGUCGUUUGUUUAUUUUUGUCUCAUCACCGGUUGCAGCAGUGGAAUAAGCGUGUGUCUGCAGGUGAGCAAGCGCAUGAAGCAGGAGAGGAAGCGAAGGUCAAGGUUGUACCACGAGGAGGAGAACGUGCCGGAUGUGACGGAACUGGCGGUGCUGGAGGACAUGAGGCGACACUACAGCCUCACCUGUAUAGGUGUGGCCGGCCUGCUCACCUGGAUUCCUAUCGUUCUGAUGAUGACGUUGCAGAAGUCUGGCGUGGAGGUGAGUGAGGCCACGCUCAUGUACUCCAACAUCGCGACGUCACUUCCGGGUCUGCUGAAUCCACUGUUGUACAGCCUCGCGUUGGCCAGGUACAGGUCGGGAUAUAAGGCCAUUUUAGAACGAUGCUGCUGUAAACAGAGGAAACCUUCCUUCCACUUUCUUAAAGAGGUCCACGGCAACAUGUGCAACAGCGACCCGGGGGAGGUGCCCGACACCAACAUGAACACCACCCUCAACGGCAUCGUCUGCUCCCACGGCCGGCCCAACCCCACCUACGACACACAGUGCAUCGAGAUCAUCGACGACGACGACGAUGAUGAAGACGAUGAAGACUACUACCCCGACGACUGCGAUAGCGUGGAGCAGAGAGCCGCGCCAGCAAAACUUAGCGAGAAAACACCGCUACAAGCCGUAGCCGUGACCGGUCCUUCUGCCGGCUCCAUCAGAACCAUCCUGGCCAGUCAGAGCAAGUCGCCAUGGCAACGGCAUCAGGAAGUGAUGACGUGUGGAGACAAAGAAUGUCUGCUGGUGUCUAGCGUUGGGUUGGUGGAUGAUGAAACAGGGUUGUGAAGAGAUUUUAUUUUUUCUAUAUUUUAAUAUUGAACUAAUCAAAGAAAAAAAAAUGAAAUAUUGCUUUGCUAUAUAUG